AUGGCCGGUCGGGGGGCCGAGACAGAGGAGCGGCUCUGGUCCAUGAUCCUGGACUUGUCUGCGCAGCUGACGGUGAACAAGCAAGCGUGUGAUAUUUUGAAGCAAAAAGUAGAUGGCCUGCAAGGGCAAGCGAUCCAUGCAAAGAGCGGGUACGCGCUGCGCCGUUUCAAUGUCGACCUAUCGCACGAGACAUUUACCUCGGAGCUGGAAAAGCUGAAUGCGCAGCUUGCGGUAGAGAACACGACCCUCUCGUUUGAGUCCAAGCAGCUUGGCUCACUGCUGCGCGAGUACGAGCUGACACUGGAGACGGUGAUGAGCAAAUUCCGUGCAUUCUCCCACGCGGCACAGCAGUAUGGACUCGAUCUGUGUGCAUACUACGAGACGCGCAUCGAGCGAAAAACGCACGAGCUGGACGAGGUUGUACAGAAAGGGCAGCGGAGCGAAGAUGUUGCGCUGCUCCGUCUCGGCUCGCUCCUACGCGACGCACUUCACGUCGUCGAUGGCGAGGAGGAGGAUGCGGAGAGCAGUCAUUGUGCGAUGGAGCAAGCGACAGAGAUCGAGCAGCUGCGUGCAGAGAACACGAUGCUGCGUUCACUGCUGGGCAUGGAUACGGCACCGGAGGUGGACGAGGAAGAAUAUAGGCGCGUCGCAUUCGAUACGCCCGCUGCGACGAGCGAGCGGAACAGCGAUGCGCCUGCGCCGAGCGGCGCGCCCAUUGACGAGGUCGACGUCGGCGCGCGACGGACGUGCGGAGCGGCGGGGAUGGAAAGUAGUGCGCUGUAG